AUGGUAGGUGAAGAUUCAGAACCUCCAAAGCCUGAGGAGGCAAAGUCUGUACAAAUUACUGAAAAUGUCGUUAAACCAGCUGAAGAUGUAAAGACUGAGCAGCCAGAUGCGAGUAUCGAGAAUGAACCGACAACUGAAGAUGUUGAAAUGGGAGAUGCGGACGAAAAGCAACCUGAAGAUGUUGCAAUGGAAGAUACUGAUCCGAAGGAUACUAAGGUUGCUGAUGAUGAGGAGACUAAUGAUGCUGAAACUACAACCCCAAACGCUCCAGUGGCUUCGAUACCUCCAGUUAAUACUGCAGAUUCUGCCAAUGAGAAAGCUGCUGAUUUUCAGCCAGUAGCUGAAAAAAGUGAUACUCCCGUUGCAGAAACAAAGCCAAGUUCGAAUUCUGAGGAAAAAAGCACAGAUACUGGUUCAAAGCCCGAAAUCACAGCACAGGCAGAAAGUGACGCUAUUGCGGAAAACAAAUCUGACGUUGGACCAUCUAGUUUAGAAAAAUCUGAACCAGAUACCAAAGAUGAAAAAGAUGAUUUUGCUCUUCCAAAGGAGGUCAUUUCCAAACCAGAGGCACAUACUGGUAAUGAAGAAGGAGAUGAGAAGUCCAAAAAGACGGAGGAUCAUCCACCUGCAUCUUUAGAUACACCAGGCGAACCUGAAAAGCAAGAAAGUGCCGAUAUUUCCAAGGAUAGCAGUGAAAAGACAGUUGAUGGGGAAAGUAACAGUGCUCCAGUUGAUGCAUCCAAGGAAGCGCCUAUUGCAACACCGAAAUCUUCUAAAGUGGCAGAAGAAAAGCAUGAAACACCUGCUGUCAAGAUGGAGUCUUCAGUCUCCGCAAGAGACAAUGAAGGUAAAAGUGUUAGAUCCAUGUCUUCAACUCCAAUGAAUGGAAAUGCUUCCGAACGGUCGGCCAGCAAUCUCUCUGUUUCACCUAAAAUGGAUAGUACUGUGUCGAUGGCCACUUUGAAGAGACAGACACAUACAAUUGUUCUUCCCUCAUAUGCAUCGUGGUUUGAUUUGAGCCGUAUCCACAAGAUCGAAAAAGAGUCUCUGCCAGAAUUCUUCAAUAACUUCAAUAAGAACAAGACGCCAGAGAUUUACAAGAAGUACCGUAACUUCAUGGUCAACACCUACAGAUUAAACCCUAAUGACUAUCUUUCUUUCACUGCUGUUAGAAGAAGUUUAUCUGGUGAUGCUGCCACCUUGUUGAGAGUGCACAGGUUUUUGGACAGGUGGGGUGUCAUUAACUACCAAGUUAAUCCAGAAACAAGAACCGUUCCUAUUCAACCUCCCUAUACAGGAGAUUAUGAAGUGAAUUAUGACACUCCAAGAGGAAUGUUUCCUUUUGAAGGUUAUAAACCACCUAAAGAUCUUCCUGAUUUGGGCCCAAUAAAGAACAUUUUGGCCAAAAGUCAGGAUAGUGCGCAAUCUUCUGAUGUUUCAAAAGGUUCAGCUGGUCUGAGUACUGCUCCUACAGGUGCUAGUGAGCAUGAUGAUUCUGCUGAGCAUUCGGAAGAGCCAGAGAGAAAGAAGCGUAAAGUUGAGCCGGCAAACAUUGAUCGGCAGUGGUCAAAGGCAGGUAUCAAAAAACUUGCUGAAGGUAUUAAGAAGUUUAAUGGUGACUGGUACAAGAUAUCUGAAUAUGUUGGCGAUAAAUCACCCGAAGAAUGUAUUAUUCGAUUUCUCGGUCUUCCGAUACAGGAUAAGUAUUUGGAAGAGCACAAGGAAAAGCUUGGACCGUUUAAAUACGUUCCAGGACUUUCGUUUUCUCCAAGAGACAAUCCUGUUUUGACUACAUUGGCCUUUUUGUGCAAGAUGGUUGAUCCAGAGAUUGCAGCAGCAGCGUCUAGUAGAGCGAUUAAGUUUAUGGAUGAGAAGAUUGAUGGCAAGUUGUCUUCAUUGAAGCCAGAGAAGAAGAAAUCGGCAGAUGAGAAAAAUGAGUCCGAAGCCGAUCCGCUUGUUAACUUUAAGGAUGCUAGUACCAACGCUUUUGGUAUACUUGGAUCCAGAUCGCACUUGUUUGCCACAUAUGAGGAAAGAGAAAUGAAUAAGUUGCUAGUUAGCAUAGUGCAAAGCCAACUCAAAAUGGUGGAGCUAAAGCUUCAAAAGCUCAACUCUUUGGAAAAGGAGUAUGACUACCAAAGAAGACAGCUUUCAGACAGAAAUGAUGAAUUAUUCCUCGAGAAGCUUUCGUUGUUUAAAUACACAGAUACAGUUGCUUCAAAGCUCUCUCAGGCCAUAUCGAUUAUGAAUUCGAAUGGCAAAAGCGAACAGCAGGUUUCAGAGAUUAAGCAGUCAGAUGAUGUUGCUGAUAAAUAUUCUAAGGAGGCAGCAGAGACUGAAAAGCAGGAGGUGAACGGAGGUACGGAAGCCGAGAAGUCGGUCACGAACGACCAUUCUGAUAGUAUUCAUACGGAUAUCGCAGAAAAGCGGCCUGAGUCUGAAAAAGCUGAGGACAGGAAAUCCGUCACAUCACCUUUAACUGCAAGUGAAACGCCUGAAGUUAAGCAGGAAGAAUCCAAGGAAGAAUCUAAGGAAGAGUUUAAUGAUGAGUCCAAGGAUGAGUCGAAAGAUGAGUCGAAAGAUGAGUCUAAAGAUGAGUCUAAAGAUGAGUCUAAGGAGUCCAAGGACGAGUCUAAAGAUGAAUCUAAUGAUGUAUCUAAGACUGAAUCUAAGACUGAAGAAACACCUAUCAAGAAGGAGCUAGAAGGUGAAAAUAAUGAAAACCACUUGAAUCCCGAUACCAAAGAGGAAGAGACUAAGCCAGUUGAGCCUAAGAAGGAUCUAGAAGGCGAUGUUAAAAUGGAUGAAUCGGAAAAUGUGGAUGAGAAAAAGAUCACAUUCACGUUAUCAGUUGAUGACUAUGAAAAAGUUAAGAAGCUUAUUCGGGAAGCAAAAGAUGUGAUUUUGAAACCACCAAGAAAGCAGUUGAAUAUACUUGAAGAGGAAACACCAGAAGAGGCUCAACAAGAAAAGGUUGAAGAAGCUGAGUCUAAGCCAAUCAGCUUUGAUUCACCGCGUUUGUACAGAUAUUGGAGUGGUUAG